UUUUAUGGCGUUGGUUCCAUUUCCGAACCUUUUUGACAACAUGCCGCAAAAAAUCAGAAACAAGAUUUUUCGAAAAAUUGCCCACAUCAGCCCCAACGGCUGGAAACAAAACAAGCUAGCGGUGCACGCACUGCACGCCCAUGACCUCCAUGCUUCGCCCUGAGGCCCAUGCGGCCAUCAGGGAAGCCCUGACUAGGCGUGGUUCUACGUUGACCGAAUGAUUGCUUCUGUCGGUUUUGGUUUGUCCACGAAGUUUUUUGUCUGUGUUUGUUUGUUUUUCGAACGGCUGCGUUUCCCUCCCGGUCGAUAAGAUCGGUAGUAUUGGGCGUGAUGUACUGUAUGUAGAAGACUAGUUUUUGGCAAAUGUAAAAAGGAGUGCGAGGGAGUGUCGUCGAGUGUAAAUACAGGGGUUUUCCCAACGAUGAAGCGAAAACAACGAAAUAUCAAGCGUUAAACGAUAUGUUUUGC